ACAAGAAAAUCUGGAAAAAACUAAGUAAAAACUGACUGAUCCAUUAAACAGUAAAGCAAAGGAAAAAAACAAGUCGGAGUUACAAAAAUAUAUAUAUUGAACCAAGUCUUUAAACAUCUAGGAAUAACAUGGUACAAUUACUUACAUUCGCGGUUAUAGUUGCUCUACUGCUGGCUGGUAUUUCACUCUAUCGUUAUGGAAACAUUCCUCGUCAACAUAUUGUUGUUACGUUAUCAGUACUAAUGGCAUGGUGCUUUUCAUUUCUCAUUGUAUUUGCUAUCCCACUCGAUGUCACAAAUACCUUAUAUAGACAAUGCUUACAGGAAAAUACCGACAGAGCGGUGCAGACUACAACCUCAAACGUUAAUGCCUCCCCUGUUGAAAUUGUUCCGGUUGGUAAUACCGAGUGCCAAGCACCAUGGGGUAUGAUUCCUGAUUCUGUUUUUCCAAAUUUGUGGCGUGUAAUCUAUUGGACUUCACAAUUCCUCACCUGGCUAAUAAUGCCAUUAAUGCAGUCGUAUUUAAAAGCUGGUGAUUUCACCAUUAAAGGCAAACUUAAGUCUGCGCUUGUCGAGAAUGCCAUUUAUUACAGCUCGUAUCUCUUCAUUUGUGGCAUAUUGUUAAUAUAUAUAGCAGCGAAGGGAGUCUCUUUGGAUUGGCAAAAACUGAAAGCCAUAGCGUCUUCGGCUUCUAAUACCUGGGGGUUGUUCCUGCUGGUGUUGCUGCUAGGAACGCUUUGGUGUCAGCAAAAAUGUGGAGGUUGGCUUUAAAGGCACUAGCGACCUCGGUAAUAGUGGCGUCACCUUCGACGAUUAUGGAGACGAUACUGAAAAGCGUAUAGGAUCACCUCCCCGGGGUCUUUUCGACGAUGUCUGAUCUCAAGCAUUAGUGGAUGGUGACAAAAGCAGAAAUAGAACAUAACUUAAUGAGAUUUUUAGCGAUAUUGUAAUUUCGUGUUUCUGAAAGCGUCUCGAUGCAUUAGCACAUGCCUAUCGUCAUAAGGAAGCAUAAAUAAAUUAGGUAAAUUAAUGAUGCUUGUUAGUAUAAGAAUCAUGUGCGAUGCGAAAAAACAGAGGGUCUGACAAACAUUUGAAAAAUUUUACUUCAUGGAUUUGCAAAAAAGUUGUAUCUAAAGACAAUUUUAUUAACUUUUCAAAAUACAUAUGUAUGUAUGCAGCUAUUAACUUGUUAUAUUAUCUUUAGCACAUUUAUUGCUUUCGUAGAUAUGAAUGUAUGUAUGCAUAGUAAUCUCAUAACCAAAACGUUUUAAAUACGAUUUCUACUGCUCAUAUCGCACACUAUCUUCAAAAGAGGCACAACUCAAAAUUUAGCAUUUUUGAAAUUAUUUAAUUUAAUUUAAUAUAUUAAUUUCUAACAAA